UUAUGUGAUUUUUUUUUUUUGCUUAUCAUGCAUUUAAUAUCUUUGCAGGGAACAAAUAUGUUUCCCAAAGCAAUUGUGUGAGAAAGUGACAACGAAUAUGUUCUUUAUUUUUAUUUUUAUUUUUUGACAUGAGUGCAAUAUUUUUAUUUUGCCAAAUAUUUUAUUUUUUAUACUAUAUUAUUCCAUCAUUUAAUAUAUGCAGUAUUUAUAUAUAUUCUUUUUUAAGUUUGAGCAUUUAUAUGUAUUAUUAAUUUUACAUUACACACACACUUAUAUAUAAAUAUAUAUUUAUAUGUAUAUAUUUUUUGGGGUGAGUGAUGGAGGGGGUGGGGUGGGGUGGGGUGGGGUGGGGUGGGGGGUAUAUAUUUUGUUGCUGAUAACAAUCUGGAAUGCAGUGAUGCUUGCAGCUUUGAGUAGAUGGAGUCAGGCCCCAAGGGUGUUAGGCUCAGAGUCUUCAUCCUCGGGAAUACCUACUAUUUGCAACCUCAACUGCAUGCAAACAUACCUGCUGUUGAAGUCGAUGAGGAAUCGGAUACUGAAGAUGAGACUGAAGAAGAAGAAGAAGAUAUUGAUGUUGCAAUGGUUGUUAGAGCAGUUGUGUUCGUUGAGGAUAGGUUGACAAAGGGCAAAAGACUUGUGUUAAGAGCCGCUAUACCACAUUUGGACUACAAGAACUAUGAUUUUCCUGAUGUCGUCGAUUGUGAAGCAAUGAGCCACAUUAAUUGACUUUUAUCAUUUGGCAGAAAAUAGGUGGAUUUAAAAAAAAAAAUUAUUUCUUGGAAUGAAAUAACACAGCUACAUUACUAACUUUUUUUUUGAAACAUGAUGUUUAAACUCA